AUGUUGCCACUGGAAGUUUCUGGAAAGCCGGCUCUUCCCAUCAUCCUGGGAUUCUUCUCAACAUCCUGGAACUCUCCUCAACACCCUGGAACUCUCCCCAACAUCCUGGAACUCUCCUCAACAUCCUGGAACUCUCCCCAACAUCCUGGAACUCUCACCAACAUCCUGGAACUCUCCCCAACAUCCUGGAACUCUCCCCAACAUCCUGGAACUCUCACCAACAUCCUGAAACUCUCCUCAACACCCUGGAACUCUCCCCAACAUCCUGAAACACUCCUCAACAUCCUGGAACUCUCCCCAACAUCCUGGAACUCUCCCCAACAUCCUGGAACUCUCCCCAACAUCCUGGAACUCUCCUCAACAUCCUGGAACUCUCCUCAACAUCCUGGAACUCUCCUCAACAUCCUGGAACUCUCCCCAACAUCCUGGAACUCUCCCCAACAUCCUGGAACUCCUCAACAUCCUGGAACUCUCCUUAACAUCCUGGAACUCUCCCUCAACAUCCUGGAACUCUUCUCAACAUCCUGGAACUCUCCCUCAACAUCCUGGAACUCUCCUCAACAUCCUGGAACUCUCCCCAACAUCCUGGAACUCUCCCCAACAUACUGGAACUCUCCCCAACAUCCUGGAACUCUCACCAACAUCCUGGAACUCUCCUCAACAUCCUGGAACUCUCCCCAAUAUCCUGGAACUCUCCUUAACAUCCUGGAACUCUCCCCCAACAUCCUGGAACUCUCCCCAACAUCCUGGAACUCUCCCCAACAUCCUGGAACUCUCCCCAACAUCCUGGAACUCUCCCCAACAUCCUGGAACUCUCCUCAACAUCCUGGAACUCUCCAAAACAUCCUGAAACUCUCCCCCAAUAUGGUCUUAGUUACCCCCAACUUGUACAGUGGGAGGAGCUCAUUACUUCCAAUGCCGCGAACAUUACCUCCCAAUUACAAUGUUUCUCCAAGCGCACCUCCUCAUUUGGCCUCGAGUUUGGUAGUUUUAGGUCAUCCCAACACCGGUUACACCCUUCUGGCACCACCAACACCAGGGUGA